AUGGAGAGCAAUAGGCAAAUGAAGUCAUCUUGGCUGGCAAAGCAACUGCUUGAAAUCUUUAAGGCUAGGCCUCACUGGCCAGCUAAGGAGAUUAUGGAUACUGUGAGGAAGGGUUACAAGGUUUUAAUUAAGAGAGCCCUAGCUUAUAAAGUCAAAUACAGGGCUCAUAGGCUCCUCCAUGGAUCCAUGGUUGAUCAUUAUGGGAAGCUGGGCAGAUAUAUAGCUGCCAUCAAAGCUAGCUGCCCUGACACUGUGAUUCAACUGGUUCAUGCUCCUGCAAGAAAGAAUGAGAAGGUCCCAAUUCCUACAGUUAGGAGAGGGUGGAUUGAAGGUUGCAGAAAAUUUUUAAGCAUAGAUGCUUGUUUCCUCAAAACAUUUCUGGGUGGACAAUUGUUGGCAGCUACUGGUAGGGAUGGAAAUGACCAGAUGUACCCAGUUGCCUGGGCAAUUGUGGAGGGGGGAAACAAUUCUUCUUGGGAGUGGUUUAUGACUCAGCUUCAACAUUCCCUCAAUUUAGGUGAGGGAGACGAUCUCAUUGUCUUAUCUGAUGAACACUUGACUAUUAUAAGUUAUGUGCCAAAAAUACUGCCAAAAUGUGAGCACAAGCACUGUGCAAGACACAUUUUUGCACAUUGGCAUAAGGACUUCAAAGGCGAUGAGAUGAAAUUGAUGUUCUGGAAAGCUGCUAAAGCCUAUAGUGUGGUUGAUUUCAAUGAAGCAAUGGAAGAGAUGUCAGAGGUUAAUAGUGAUGCUGCUGAUGCAUUUAGGAAACAUAAUCUAGAUGUGUUUUGUAGGGCAUUUCUGAAGACAGCUAGCAAGACAGAUGUGAUCAUUAGCAAUUUAUCAGAGACAUUCAAUGGGUAUAUCAUCAAUACAAGAACCAAAUAUCUUAUUUACAUGCUGGAGGAUAUCAGGAUUACCCUGACGCAAAGGUUGGUGGUUAAAAGACAGGAAAUGGAGGCCAGCUCUGCAAAGUUGUGUCCCAGGAUUCAAGCUAGGUUGGAGAAGGAAAAAAACCUAGCUGCCAACUGCACUCCAAUUCCAUCAACAAAUAUAAUAUUUCAGGUCAACUAUCAUAUGGAUAGUGUAACAGUUGACCUUGAAGCUAGAUCUUGCACCUGCAGGAAGUGGGACCUCACUGGUAUCCCCUAUUGUCAUGUUGUUGCCAGCAUAUUCUUCAGUAGAGAAGAUGAUGAAGAUUUUGUGGACCCAGUGUAUACUAGAGAGAAUUACUUGAGAUCUUAUGCUGGGUCAAUCCCAUCUCUAGUAAGUGAAAGGCACUGCCCACUAGUCACUUCUCCUCUCAUCCCACCACCCAUUAAAGUUGGGCAUGGGAGACCAAAAAUCAGUAGGAGAAAAGACCCACAUGAAAACCCAAAAAAGCCUGGGAGAUUAACCAAACAUGGGGUUGAAAUGACAUGUACAAUAUGCAAAGUUAAGGGCGAUAACAAGAGGACUUGUCCAAAUAAAGACAAAGCUCCUAGUCAUCCACCUCACAAAAAGGCCAAGACAUCUGAUGCUUCAACUCAGCAUGGUGCUCAGAUGAUCCUCACUUGGAUGCAACGGCAGAGCCAAGCAAAACUGGAAAAGGAGGAAGGGUCAUUAGGGGAGGGAAGGGUUCAAGAGGAGGAAAGAGAACUACAAAUGCUGAUCCAAGCAGCUCAGACCCACAUCCAAGCAUAG